GUUGCAGGCAACAUGCAUGCAACAUACGGAGGCAACCACUGCGGUAACAGCAGCAGCAACAUUUGCAAUCAGCAAAUCAACAACUUCAAUAACAUCAACAGCAAUAACAACAACAACAACAACAACAUGCAUUCAAGCGGUUUCCUCGGCGCCGGCUGCAGCAGCAGCAACGACAGUGGCGGCGGCAGUGUUAGUGGCAGCAACAGCAGCGAUUACAUGGCCAAUGCGACUGCUGCAUAUGCGACACAAGCGACAGCAGCAACAAUGACAACGACAACAACAACCACAAUGCCACACAAUGUGAGUACAACAACGAUGCUGUCUAAUUACUGCGACGCUGCCACAAUGAUGAUGGCUGCUGCCGCUGUCAAUGCAAAUCAAUGCCUGCAGCAACACCACCAGCGACUGCUGCUGGCCAGUAGCAAUACUAGCAGCAACCAAAAUCACAACAGCAAUGAGCAAGUGGCUAUGGCCACUGCCACAGCAGCGGUCAUGGCCUCUUCCUCAUGCUCAACGGGUUCACUGUCAUCGGCACCGUCGACACCGACAACCAUUGCUGUCGCGGCAUCGCAGCAGCUGCCACAGCCGCAGCAACAAGCAUUGCAGCAACAGUCGCUGCCAUCGCCGCCAAAUUUAAUCGAUAUCAGCGAAGUUCCUCUCAUUGUGGAUGUCAAGUAGUGUAAUUAUUUAUGCAUAUUACAAAAAAAAAAAAAAAAUAACAAA